AUGCCUGGCUGGCUACGCACCCUCGGCCGCAGCGGCUUCACAGCUCGCACCAUGGAAGAGUCUGGUCCUGACAUGUAUGUACGAUCUUGCGAGGUCCUAGCCCUCGAAAUGGCCUGGAGAGUGGAGCGAGCGCUCGGGAUCUUGUCUCCUGAGCAGUUGACGGAGGAUGCCACGGUCCGCAAAGUCCCGCAACAUGCAUCUGCGAGCAAGAGAGAGAGAGAGAGAGAGAGCUUGGACUGGUACGUUGGAAAGGCAAAGAAGCAAGCCUAG